AUGGAUAUUCACCGAUGCCGCUUCGUGCAAUACCCGCCGCACUCUAUUAAUGCACUCGCCUUCUCUCAUUCUUCCGAUUCAAAGCACAAGGCGCCUUCAGACCUUCGUCUCGCCAUCGGUCGCAACAACGGCGACAUCGAAUUGUGGAAUCCUAGAAACGGUCUGUGGGUACAGGAGACGACUCUCAGAGGGAGCAAAGAUACUACGAUCGAGCAAUUAGCAUGGACGCAGGACACACUUUUCAACGAUGAUGCUCCGGUCCCUAAAGAUUCACAAGGACCACUGCGUCUAUUCAGCACAGCAGGCACGAGCUCUGUGACUGAAUGGGACCUGUCUACAGGAUCCCCCAAGAGACGGGCGGAGGGAAAUUUCGGGGACAUCUGGUGUUUUGCUGCACAACCACAAUUGGAGAAUGUUGAUAACGGGGAAGGACUCGCAGAUGGUGCGCCUUCUCAGCUUCUGGCUGCAGGAUGCUCCAAUGGCACAGUCGUUCUAUUCUCUACAGAUGAUGAUGAUCUGCGCUAUUCACGAACUCUCCUAGCACCGCCCGUCAGGAAGCCGAAGGCCUUGAGCAUCGCCUGGCGAGACCGCAAUACAGUGGUCGUUGGUUAUGAGGACAGCAUUAUUCGAGUCAUCGAUGUCCCAAGCCGGAGAAUUCUCCGCAACAUGAGUCUGGGAAAACCCGUCGACGGCAACCACUCUGUGGUAUGGACUGUGAAGUGCCUUCCUGAUGGUACCAUAGUGUCUGGCGAUUCUUCAGGCGAACUGAAGAUAUGGGACUCGAAGAACUUUUCUUUGGUGCAAAGACUCAAGAGCCACAAGGCUGAUAUCCUCGAUAUUGCUACCAGCCCUUCCGGAGACAUGAUCUUCUCGCUGGGCGUUGACAGACGAACCGUGACUUACAAGACGGUUGCCGCACACCCCGGCUCCAAGAAAAUGAGAUGGGCCGAGGUCUCUCACAGAAGGUUCCAUCAACAUGAUGUCAAAUGCUCCGCAAGCUUCGAGAGCAAGGAAUUGAGUGUUUUGGUUUCAGGCGGCAUGGAUGCCAGACCAGUCGUCCUCCCAAUACGCAAAUCACAAAGCGAACUGCAUCGAACUCUGCCACAUCUGUCACAAAGGCCUCCUAUCUCUUCUUCUCCAGCAGCCAGGCUCUUUAUUUCCUGGUGGGAUCGCGAGAUUGUGGUUUACCAUGUGCGGAGACAGAGGAGCAUCGACGACGAUUUCAACGACGAUCCUUCUGCGGAUUCGUCCUACGAGACUCUUGCCAGACUGGUCAUGCAAGACGACGAGAACCUUCAGGAUGCCACACUUUCGGACGACGGAAGGUUUGUUGUGGCAGCCACGAGCAACAGCGUCAAAUUGUUCCAGUUGCGAAAAGCCCAGGUAUCUGGACGCCUCUGCCUUCGAACCAGACAGGUCGACCUAGCCCCGUCAAUGGCUCGUCUGGGCGCGAGGCGAGUGGGAUUCUCCCCUGAUGGCAAAUGGCUAUACAUGAUCAGGAAAGACCACACGGUCGCCCUUGCGAGAGUUCUGGUAUCGGAGGAUCAAAAAGAACGCCCUUCAAUCCACGAGAAGAUCGCGAAGCUGUAUCGCACAUCUCGAAAGAGAGCGCCGUCCUCACUCGGGGCUUAUGAUCAAACCAUAACGCAGGUUGCGUUCUCAAACGAUAGCCGGGUUCUUGCAGUAGGCGACCUGUCCGGCGCAGUCGACGCAUGGAUUCUCGAAGGUCACGAAGAUCUGGGCUACGUUGAAGCUGCAUCAGACAGCUCAGACAAGUCGACGGGCUCGUCAUCAUCCUCUUCUUCAUCCUCAGACGAGGACGAAGAUGAAGACGACUCGCCUGUUAUAUACGGGCAGAAAUGGAUUCGUAACCCGGUCGGGUCAGAGUUCCCGCAACUUGACUCCUCCAUCUUGAUUCUGACAUUCCGCCCUUCACCUGUGACAUCGACAUCGAAUCCCGCGAGCGGCAAUCUGGGUCUCCAUGCCACACGCCACACUCCGCACCCCGUCUCACCCGAGUUUCCUGCCACUGAUCACAAGGUGAUCGCCGUCACCGCCACUCAUCAGCUCGUGGAAUUCGAUGUCCUGAGUUGCAAAUUGAGCGAUUGGUCGCGACGGAAUCCCUCCAAAUAUCUCCCGCACGACUUUACCCGGCUCAAAGAUCGCGUCGUGGGCCAUUUCUGGGACUAUCGGAACCGAGCAAAGAGAGGGGAGAGGCUGUGGCUGUAUGGGACCCCCUGGCUCUUCAUGUUCGACGUUUCUCAAGAUCUACAACCGGUAUCAAGGAACUCCAUCGACGGGCCAGCGACAGGCGAGAAGACAGGAAGACUGGGCCGCUACGACGUGUUACAGCCGGUUGACCAGAAUGUCCUUGGCACCAAUGAUCAGUCCAGCUCGGAGGAGAAGCCGCCGGGGCAGAUUUCCCUCCUGACAGAUCACACGAAAGACAAGACCAACAAGAAGCGCAAACGUAAUACUGGAGCGGGCGACACGAUCCCGGAACGCGAGCGACAGAGUGGGGUCGGCAGCGCAAUGCUCAAAUUCAAGCCCGACGGCGACGACGUUCACAUGAUCGACAUCGACACCGACGGAGUCGAUCGUGACAGUGAGAUGGACGCGGACCUCGACGAGACCAAUGACGACGAUGUUCUAGCCCUCAUGCGCCGCAAUGCGGACGCAACCGACGCUCGAGCUCUGAGCUCAACAGAGCCUGCCCUGUCGACGGCGUCCAAUUCGCGACCCUCGCACUGGCACACGUUCGCGUAUCGUUCGAUCCUGGGUAUAUCCGUCAUUGGGCCCACUCCCAUCUCAGAUCGCGAUGAAACAACACCAUCUACGGGUCCAUCUGAAAAACUGGGAAACUCGGCGUCGCCGUCAUCGCCGGACGAGAACGUCGAAGUCGUCAUCGUGGAGCGCUCCAUGUACGACGUCGCCCAGCUCCCCAGAUUUGACGGGGGCCAGGAAUGGGAGACUUGA